AUGGAUGGCCCUCGAUCCAGCGGCCUCAGGAAAAAGAGGAAGUCGAGGUCCGAGAGGGAUCGGGAGCGUAGAUCGAACGGGGCGAGGAGCAACCAUGUGAGAGGCUCCGUCUUGCGCUUCUCCUCCGACUCGGAGCGGGAGGGGGACAGGGAGCCCUCAUCCUCCCGUCCCAGACCCCCGCGGAGGAAGCGAAAGGAGUCUACCUCCGCCGAGGAGGACAUCAUAGACGGCUUCUCCAUCACGGGCUUCAUGACGCUGGAGGCGCUGGAGAAGGACAUGACACUGAAGCCGCAGGAGCAUAGGGACAACCAGGCAGGACCCUUGCACAAGAAGAGACCCUCCAGGGUGCCAAACGGCCUGAGCUUGGAGCCCUGCAGGAACAAUCACCACCACCAUCACCAGCCUUCGGACCAGGAGAACAAUCCCCGCCUGGCGCGCACGCAAGGCAAGAGGAAGAAGAAACACGUGCACAAGAAACACUCCAUGAACUUUCCCUCUCAGGAAGGCCAGGUCAACUCCCAGUUCAAUGUUGCAACGAACUUUGAGUGCUGA